CACUUUUACACACUUUGUUCAAAAAUUACAUUUUUCUCAAGUUUAAUUUAAUUCAAUCCUUUCAUCAAAACGUCUUGCACUUUUGAACUCAAACUAUGGCUUUCUUCAAACUUAAUCAUGUACUUCUUGCAUCUGUGUUUACUUUCAUACUCUUGUCCAAUCCAGUGCACUGUAGUGACAAGGAGGACAGUGUAUUGAAGGGAAUCAAUAGCUACAGACAAACAAAGAACCUACCACCACUGUACCAAAAUGACAAGGCACACUGUUUAGCUGAUGAAGUUGCCGAUGAAAUUGAAGACACACCAUGUGAAAAAGUGAGUCAAUACUAUCCAGUUUCUGGUCCUGGUGGAAACCAAAGAAUCCCAAACUUGCAAAAACAUAUAGAUAAAUGUGGCAUCAAUAUUAACACAACAGCAGAUGGUGUCAUUCUACCUGUCUGUGUGUCCAAAUUAGAACCAACUAUUGUGCUCUCUAAUUACACUCAUUCUGAUAUAUAUGCAAAGUUUCUUAACAAUUCAAAGUACACUGGUGCUGGACUUGGUUCUGAGGAUGAUUGGAUGGUUCUUGUUCUUACUACAAAUACUACUGCUGGAACUUUCUCUGCUGCAACUACUUCUAUGCAUGUUAAUGUUGUUGUUCUGAUGGCUUUUAUGCUUGUAAUCAUCAAUUACCUACAUUGAGUAGUGUUUUCUAGCUUUUGUUUUAAGCUUUCAUAAUGGAUAAUUAAGCUAUAGUUUAAUUACUUUGUUUUUCUUGUGUAAAUGUGGUGUAAGUGAACUUAAUUAGAAAUUAGUUUGUGUGGUGUUUUGAGUCUAA